AUGUCAGCUCUACCGGGGAACAUAUUAGAGAAGCAGUACUGGCAGGAGCCCACCGGGGCAGAGUCGAAACCGUCUCGGCUUUCCGGUGCAUUGCGAUGGUUUCUUGACAUAGUGCGACCGUCUAUCCUGACGACGAAGGGCCGGCGGAAACAGAUGGGACGGACUAGCUACCUCGAUGGCUUGAGAGGAUUCGCAGCGCUGCUCGUUUAUUUCGGCCACCACGAGCUCUGGGCUCACGAUGCGAUAACGCAGAAUCCCAUAUUCGAGAACGCAUACGGAUACAAAGGCAAGCACCACUUCAUUGCCCUGCCUGGGAUACGGACCUUCUUCUCCGGCGGCCAUUUUGCGGUCAGCGUCUUCUUCGUGCUCUCAGGCUAUGUGCUGUCGGUGAAAGCGCUGAGCUUGAUACAGGCAGGCGACUAUCUCAAGCUUGGAGAUACCCUGGCCUCCGCCCUAUUUCGACGAUGGCUUCGACUCUACCUACCGGUCAUGGCCACGACCUUCAUACACAUGACAAUAUGGCAUAUGUUUGGGAUAACGGCGGUUCCUGAUCCGCAAGGGAGCUACAAAGACGAGGUGUGGAAGUGGUAUUGCGAGAUGAAGAACUUCAGCUUCAUCUACCGAACCGGCGGCGAGCCCUGGUUCCAUUACAACUUCCAUGCGUGGUCGAUUCCGGUCGAGUUCAAGGGCUCGAUUGUCAUCUACACUGCGCUACUGGCCUUCUCCAAGGCCUCGAGGAACGCCCGCCUGCUGUGCGAGAUCGGCCUCUUCAUCUACUUCAUGUACAUUGCUGACGGAGCGUUGUGCGCCAUGUUCGUUGCUGGCAUGCACCUGUCUGACCUCGACCUGCUCGCGGAGAGCAACAACCUGCCCAGGUUCUUCUACCGCCUACAACCCUACAAGGAGACAUUCUUCUACAGUCUCUUCGUGAUCAGCAUGUACCUUGGCGGCUGUCCGUCCCACAGCUUCGACGUUGCGCUGCUCAAGGAGUCUCCUGGCUGGAACUGGCUCUCCUACCUGAAACCCCAGGCAGUUUUCGAUUUCAAAUGGUUCUACCUCUUCUGGGCGGCCGUCUUCCUCGUCUCGUCGAUAUCUCGCAUCCGCCCUCUGCAGAGCUUCUUCGAGCUCAGAUUCAACCAGUAUCUCGGCCGCGUCUCCUUUGCUCUCUACCUCGUCCACGGCCCCGUUCUCUGGAUUCUGGGAGACCGCCUCUAUUCCGCAGUGGGCUGGGUGAAGGAUUCGCACCACAAAACUAUCCCUGGAUGGAUCAAUCGAUUCCCUCUGCCCACGAAUGGCCCACUGGGCCUUGAGGUUGGAUUCCUUGCUCCACAACUUAUUCUCCUUCCGCUCACCCUCUGGCUUGCGGAGAUUGUCACUAAGCUUUUCGACGGACCCAGCGUCAAGUUCGCUCAGUGGGCUUAUUCCAAGACAUUGCCGCCUGCCGCCAAAGCUAUGUGA